UCCCAAGGAAAACUACUUCUCUAUGGAAUACAAUAAGUAUAAAUAGCUAGAAGAACAUCCGCAACUUGGCAAGUUUCCUCAAUCUCAAAAUCAACGAUUCAAAGAGUCAAAAACCUCCAACUACCACUGUUCCCUUUCAAAAAAUCUCUCUCUUUUCUUAGAAUUCUGAAACCCUAAACAAUUCAUUCAUAGAAAAACCAUGGUAUCAUCAACUAUUAUCGAUCAGCUUAAAAUGGAACUUCCUCUAAAACAGGAAACUCUGGUUUUAUCCGCCGAUAAUUCCACCGGUCUCGUCCUCGUUGACUUAGUCAACGGAUUCUGCACUGUCGGUGCCGGCAAUAUGGCUCCAAAGGUGCCGAAUAAGCAAAUUGAAGAAAUGGUUGAAGAAACAGCGAGAUUAGCUAGGUUUUUUUGCGAUAACAAAUUGCCGAUUUUCGCUUUUCUUGAUUCUCAUCAUCCUGAUGUUCCUGAACCUCCAUAUCCUCCUCAUUGUUUUGCUGGCACUCAUGAAUCCAAAUUAGUUCCAGAAUUGGAAUGGUUGGAAAGUGAGUCUAAUGUGACAAUUAGACUCAAAGAUUGCAUUGAUGGAUUUCUUGGUUCAAUGGAGGAAAAUGGAUCCAAUGUGUUUGCUAAUUGGGUGAAAACCAACCGCCUUGAAUCUGUGUUGGUUGUAGGUAUUUGUACGGAUAUAUGUGUGUUGGAUUUCGUAUCCUCUGCACUCUCUGCCAGAAAUCGGGGUAUCCUUACUCCUCUGAAAGAUGUGAUUGUGUACUCCGGAGCUUGUGCAACGUAUGACCUCCCUUUACAUGUUGCAGAGACCAUGAAAGACGCGAUAGCACAUCCGCAGGAUUUGAUGCAUCAUAUAGCCUUGUAUAUGGCUCAGGGAAGAGGAGCCAAAGUGGUAUCAGAGGUGACCUUCACUACACAGCUGUGAAUUGGUGUCUAAAAUGGCUGCAGGUUUACGGACUUCUCAUCGGUGGACAGUUUUUAUAUCUCUAAUACAACUCUUGCUGAGGACUCGCAUGUAUUAUGAUCAAAUUAAACUUUUUUGAUGUUUUUUUGAACCACACAAAAGAUAAAGAAAAUUUCUCCCAUUUAGAUCCCAAAAAUAUAACAUCAGUGUUGACUUCAUGAUCCACAUUCUUUAAGAGGCUGUACAACAAAUUAUAUUAUUUAUUUAAUGUUGUAUACGUUUUCUACAAAUGAUAAUAUGAAUAGCGAUGCUAAUUCUUACA